GCUCACUCCACUCAGUUACACCGGACACGCGAAACAGAGCGCACGUCACGUGUCUGUGAUUCUUACAGUGCUACGAAAACUUUGAGAAAGUGUAGACGCAAACUACCUUAUAAUAAUUAUAAUGUUAUAUUACUAGUUGAGCAUUAGUGAUUAUUAAAUUGACUCUAUUUGGAAAUUGCUUUUUACAAACAUUUAUGGUUUGGAUGUGAACGGUGCGCGUGCGUCUCGAUGCGCCGGGCGGGAGUAUGCUGGUGCACUUGUUGGUACUUAGCACCGCUCUAGCGGCGGCCAGCAGCGGGAAACACGGUGGUGUGGAAGUGCCAGAAUUCGGCGAGCCCAUCGCGAACUUAACAGUGCCCCUUGGAAGAGAUGCGACAUUCAAAUGUAUCGUCGUCAAUCUAGGAAAUUAUCGGGUUGGAUGGGUGAAAGCAGACACAAAGGCUAUUCAAGCCAUUCACGAACACGUUAUAACUCACAAUCAUCGUGUGUCCGUGUCUCACACUGAUCAUUCCACCUGGUACCUUCACAUCAAGAACGUGCAGGAGGAAGACAGGGGGCAAUACAUGUGCCAAAUUAAUACAGAUCCUAUGAAGAGUCAAAUGGGACAUCUAGAAGUUGUAGUUCCUCCUGAUUUCAUCCCUGAAGAAACAUCAGGUGACACAAUGGUACCUGAAGGUGGUACCGCCAGAGUGUCAUGUAAAGCUCGAGGAAUCCCACCGCCCAGGGUAAUGUGGAAAAGAGAAGAUGGACAGGAAAUAGUAGUCCGGGACCAAACGGGAGCUAAAAAUAAAGUGCUAACAUACCAAGGAGAAGUGUUAAAGUUGACAAAGAUAUCUCGUUCGGAAAUGGGGACGUACUUGUGUAUCGCCGGUAAUGGAGUGCCCCCUACAGUCAGUAAGAGGAUCCAUAUUAGCGUUCAUUUUCACCCAGUAAUCCAAGUCCCUAACCAAUUGGUGGGAGCUCCACUGGGAACCGACGUGACACUUGAGUGCUACGUCGAGUCUUCACCAAAAUCCAUCAACUAUUGGGUGAAGGACCCAGGUGAACUCAUAAUACCAUCGGAUCACCACGAGAUGACUGUGAGGCAAAAAUCUAUGUUUGAAGCGGAAAUGUCAAUGACAAUUAAGAAUAUUAGACGAGAAGAUCUCGGAAGCUACAUAUGCGUCGCCAAAAAUUCCCUCGGGGAUGUUGAAAGCAAAAUCAGAUUAUACGAAAUCCCAGGAAACGAAAGACACAUUUACCAAUAUCCAGACGAAAAAACAACAUCCAACGAUGACUACGGUACUGAAGUAUACGACGAUGAUUUUGACAACAAUGUUGCUGAGAAGAGCAAUCGAGUCCCCGAUCGUGCUAACAAAUGGUACGCAAACGAAGGUAAAAUAAUCCUGACUACAAACAAGGCGACACUUUGUUCUGCCUCGCUUACAAUUACGACUAUCUUACGCCUAAUGAAAUCGUUAUUCUAAAGUCGUAUAUACGAAUGUUAUGGUAGCUUUGUUUUGGGUGAGGAACUGAGCUAUAGACAUGAUACAGAUAUAAGUGACUACUAUUUACUAUACACAAAUAACAGCUUUGUGUAAUGUUAUGUUGUAUAAGUAAAUAGUAAGUUGUAUAGUAAAAAUAUAAGCAAUUGUUAUAUCAGCACCAAAGAUUUAUUAAGAAUAUUUUUAUUUUGUUUAUAUGUUUUUUGUUCUAUUUCAAUAUUCAGUUACUAACUCAAAACAACUAUCUUUGACUGAACUAAUAAUUAUGUUUGUAAACUUUUUGAUCUCAUUUUAUAAGUGUUUGUAUUUUUUAAUUAUAUAAUCGCUUUAGAUUCUAAACCAUACAUUAAUUUUAUAUAUUUUAUUAUCAUUGUAGGUAGAAGUUCAAGGUCAAAUUUUAACCAUUCAAUGUAUUUUUUUUUUUAUCUUUAAGUAAGAAGAUAAUAAUUAGAUAUAUUGAAAAAUGUAUAUAUAGUACUUAUUAUUAAGCUUAUAAAUCCAUAUAUUAAAUUAGUUUCGAUUGAAUUAAAGACCAUAUCCAUAAAUUACCAAAUCUACUAAGUUAAACAAAUAAUUCUCUCAACUGGUCAAAAAUUAAAGAAUCCUACAGAUGAUUAUGAUGAUGAAUUGUAUAACGUGGAACACUUUAAUUUUAUUCUAUGGGUACUAGUUCUUUUAAUUCUACCGUUACUAAAUAUACAUAAAUCAUUUUAAUGCUAGAUGAAAAACAUAUAUAAAUUCAAUUCUAGAUUUAUCUUGGAUCGCAUUAAUUCUUGCAUUCUUGGAGUUUUAUCAAAUACUGUAAAUUUAUACAUAAAUAUUCAAGAAUAUAUUUGUAUUAUGAUUAUGUGGACUAUAAGUAGGUCAAAAUUUAGUUUUAAUUGAAGAGAGCUUCCGAGAAACUCAACGCUUCCUUUUGCAAUGUUUUUUUUAAUACAUAAUAAAGAUACUAUUUCUAUGGUUCUGAUUUUUUAACUCGCGGCCAAAUAAACAUUUUAAUACCUUUUUGUGGUUAUUUGUGUAAUUAUUAGUAUAAAUUACAAUAAAACAAAGUAUUUAUUUUACAAUUAAAAUUCAAUUGAAAAAUCUGUUACUCGUGUUGUUAGAAAUGCAUUCGCUUCUUAUUGAUCAUCUCAAAACUAUAUCAGAUAUAUUCAUAAUUAAGCCUUUUCCAGUGGGAGGCUCCUUUGCACUGGAUGCCGGCUAGAUAAUAGGUACAUAACGGCGUCUAUUUGUGCCGUGAACCAGUAAUGUGUAAGCAUUACUGUGUUUCGGUCUAAAGGGCGCCGUAGCUAGUGAAAUUACCGGGCAAAUGAGACUUGUCGACUCAAGGUGACAAGCGCAGCUGUUAUAGUGCCACUCAGAAUUUUUGGGUUUUUCAAUAAUACUGAGCAGCACUGCAUUCUAAUGGGCAGGGCGUAUCAAUUACCACCAGCUGAACCACCUGCUCGUCUCGUCUCUUAUUUUCAUAAAAAAAGCCAUUAUUGAAAAAUUUUUUUGAGUUUGUUCUGUAAUAGAUACAAGGAUUAUAUAAUAUAUAAACUGUCAACUUGAUCAAAGUUUAAGGUUUUUACUGAGAUGGUAUAUCUUAAACAAUUACUGAUUUAAAAGUUAUUGUUAACCAUGUAUCUAAUUAACACUAAUAUAAUAAAGCUGAAAAGUAUUUGAAUACCUAAUCACUUAUGCUACGAUCUUGUACCACCUGGUUUUGAAUAAUUCUAUUUUUAUGUCAUAGCCAAAUUAAUAAGAAAUAGUUAUAGUCUUGCAUAAAGUGAUUGAUACCUCUCAGCUAACCUUAAAUAUUAAUUUUUGUCGAGUAAUUCGGAAAAGAUAAUGUCGUUAACUGCUUUUAAAACCGUAUGUGCUGACGAUACGUUAAUAUAAUGUUCUACCCAAAAUAUUUUUUUCAAUAAAAUGUUUCGUGAUUCUAUUCGCCUUUUUAUUAUCAAAUCACAGAAGGUAUUUUAUGUCAAAAUAUAUUAUACGCAAACGAAACCGCAGGGCGCUAUAAGCUAUAUAUAUAAAUGAAUUCUGAAUAGCGUUUGGUGACGUUCUUGGAGACACAGCGCUUUCAAUAAUUUUUUAACAUCAACUAUCUGUCAUAAAAGAGACUGCAUUACCCUCGCAUCUAAGUAUUUAACUCAAUUCAAGUCAUGCAAUAUUUUAUUCUCUUACUAUUAUGUAUAUUACCUUGAACUUAGAUUAGGAUUGGUCUCCGCUGCACUCCAACUAGAUACCUCAGGCGUAGUCUCAAAGUGCGGCAAAUAAUACUAUGCCCAAGCCGGCGUACUCGAGCCACUCUAGAACGAUGUGAGACGUUGAUGUGCCACAAUAUGUUCUGUUAAACUUUGCUAAUAAUUAAAACUAAAAUGGCCGGGCUGCGUAGUAAAAAUUUGAAAAUAAUACUGCAAGAAAUGAAAAAAGAUACCUACUGGGAGCACAUAUCAUCAGUAAGUACUUUCUAUUUUACUAAUUUUAGUGUAAAAUAACACGAAGCGUAUGUUACAAAAUUUGAAAGAUGCCACGCAGACAAGCAUCUAAUAGUUGCCAUAAUAAAAAAGCUAUUGUUCUCAGGUAGUGCUGUAUCGUUUCGGAGCUCAGUAGAAACCAAUCCUUAAUCUAAAACCUUAAACGAUAGUUAAAUAGAAAAAACGGAACUUCAAUUAUUUGUUAUCUCUGUUCAGUUAUUAGACUAGCUGUUAUAUAAUUAACGGUUUAUCUGUACAAUGUAAUA